AUGCGAAAGUUGGAAUGGGACGACAUGGGAGUGAAGGUUGAUGGUCGGCAGCUACACCAUUUGCGCUUUGCUGAUGACAUCGUACUGGUAACACCUAGCAUCAGCCAAGCGGAACGAAUGCUGACCGAAUUCGACGAAACAUGUGGAUGCAUCGGUCUUCAGCUGAAUCUACAAAAGACGAUGUUCAUGCGGAACGGAUGGGUCUCGGAUGCCCCAUUCACGCUCAACGGAACGAACAUAUCCGAAUGCACCAGCUACGUUUAUCUGGGUCGGGAACUGAACAUGAUGAACGACCUGACCCCCGAGCUGGGCAGGAGGAGACGAGCGGCUUGGGGAGCGUACAAGAGCAUCGAGGAUGUAGUGAAGAAGACCAGGAACACCCGGCUCCGUGCUCACCUCUUCAACACCACCGUACUUCCUGCUUUGACCUAUGCUUCGGAAACCUGGGCAUUUCGCAAGCAGGAAGAAAACGCGGUGAGCGUCCUUGAACGCGCAAUUGAGAGAGUGAUGCUAGGAGUAUCCCGUUUCACGCAAGUGAGGGACGGGAUUCGAAGUUCUCUCCUACGUCAGCGAUCGAAGAUUAGAGACGCCGCCGCGUUUGCCAAGGAAAGUAAAAUAAGGUGGGCCGGACACGUGAUGCGCUUUACUGACAACCGUUGGAAAAGAGCCGUGAGCGACUGGGUUCCCCGCGAUAUUAAGCGCACUACAGGAAGACCGCCGACCCGAUGGUCAGAUUUCUUCACGAAGUCCUUGAAAGAAAAAUAUGAUGCUCUUCGUGUCCCACGCGAAAGGAGGAACCACUGGGCUACUCUGGCACGCGAUCGGGACAAAUGGAAGAAUUACUGGCGCCCGCUCGACCAGUUCGAAGAUCAACGGGAGUCAAGGUGA